CUCCGCCAGCUGCGCAGACUCGCCAGCCCCCUCCCGCAGUCACAUCAGGGUUUUUCCGUCGAUCUGCGCGGAUUUAGCUUACUUAUUUAUUUAAUUACUCGUUAUAUAAUACGCACCGACUUAAAACACGCUCGCAUUCCCGGAUCGUCCUCAGCCUGUUACCGCGCCCGGUGCACAAGUCCUCGUGACAGACCUGAGGCGACAGUGCUGACCUGAAUUUUUCCCAGUCCUGUUUCCCAAAUUGAGGUGGGCCGCUCUGAGCAGACGGACUAAGAGAUACACGAGAAGACAGACAGCGGUGUCAGCAGCUCAAUCUGCAUCGUCCUCCCCAGUCCUCCUCCUCUUCAUCGCAUCUGACAUGGCGGACCCCAGCCUCACGUCUCCCUCUGGGACCCCUCUGCGCUCCCCCAGCAGCUCUGUCACCCUCUCCUUCCCCUUCUUAAGCGAGAGGAGCCGUGUGUGGGAGGAAGGAAAGGAGCAGCCUCUGCCGCGGGAUCUUCCCAGCCCGCUGCCGACCAAACGCACCCGCACCUACUCUGCCACUGUGCGCGCUCACUCAGGUCCAGUUUUUAAAGGAGUGUGUAAGAACUUCUCCAGGUCACAAGGUCACGGUUUCAUCCAACCUUCCCAUGGUGGCGAAGACAUCUUUGUUCACAUCUCAGACAUUGAGGGGGAGUAUGUCCCAGUCGAGGGAGAUGAGGUCACGUACAAAGUAUGCCGGGUCCCGCCCAAGAACCUGAAGGUGCAGGCGGUGGAGGUGAAGAUCACACAUCUUAAGCCAGGAACAAAACACGAGACCUGGUCUGGGCAGAUCAUCAGCUCGUAGGGAGAGCACGCUGGGCCUGGUGGGCUGCACUGGACUGGGCUGGAUGUGCACUGAAAGAGGUGCUCUGGGACUGACACAUUUUCUUUUUUUAAUGUUUUACCUACGCAGAAAAGUGCCCAGUGUUAAUAAGAGUGAGUAAUUAAGUUGUCGUUGGUGUUGACAGUUUCCUUCCCACAGAGCCGAUAUAUCCUGUUCAAAACUGUCCACUGCUGUCAUUAAUUUGGUUUGGGAUUGUAAAACGAUCAGUGAGAGAUUCAGCGUUGAAAGUAUGGCGGUCUGGCGGGUCUGUAAGGGAUGGAAAAAUUGGAAAAAACUGUGGUGCUGAUCUGAAAAUGGACACAACUGCUGAGCGUAAACUGAGGAGAGAAAGUUGAACAACAGGCUCGAUUCAGUUUUACUUCCCCUCCUAGGAGCUCACCAAAGUUUCCAGGGUCACAUGUUGGGGUCAGAUGGCUUCUCACAACCUACUCAUCUGUCCAACUUUGGACAGAUGAGUAGGAACUUCAUAUUCAACAUGUUAAAAUAUUAAAAAGGUAUUAAGGGAAUUAAAGUUGAAAAGAUUUAUCAUUAGAAACCCGUGAAAACUAGAAACACAAAUCUUACAGUAACUAGUUCAUAUUAAUCGAUUACCUUUGACAGGACCUUCUUUUUGUUCCCCUGAGAGGGAAUGUUUGCGUGUUAUUGUGAGUGCUGGAGUAAACUUUAGUCUGUCAUGAUGGGAGACUGCAGCAGACAAAUCGGCUUAAAUCAAACGUUUCAAAAACGUGAGAAAUAUACAGGCUAUUGCAAAUGUUUCCUUUAAAAAUACUCACCUUUUGUUGUGUUGUCCUGUUUGUGGUUACUUUAAGUGUUCAUUUGUUGAUUUGUUCAAGUGUGUGUGUGUGUGUGUGUAGGCUCUAUGUUUUAAAUAAUGCAGUUAAAACUUGCACUUAAGAAAGUUGAACUUUCGAUCUGAAAACUGCCGCGGUACUCAACACAUUUGUUUUGGUUUGUUUAAAAAAAAAAAAAAAAAUCCUGUUUUCAAAGGAUCUGGAGCCAUGGAUUACUUAAAAAAACACUUGUGUAAAUGUUUUUUUCUACUCAAUAGAAAUGUAUAUGUGUGUGAUUUAUUGAGUCACUGUGAUUGUGAACUGCCAAUGUGGUCUCAUCCCAGGGUGUCAAAUACUGCUGUUCUCUGUGCUCACGCACUGGCUGUGGCAACUUUGUAUGCUGCAAGUUAAUCGUUGUUUUUUUAAAGUCCACAUUAGGUGGUUGAAGCGAUGGGCGCGCUGUAACUCGGAGGUUUGCUUACUGUUUGAGAGCUUCGUGCAUGGAAAUUAAGUUUUAUUUGGUUUGACCUGAUUUUAGCUUUCAGGCGUUUUUUAGUUUCACUUUUACUCACUCGUCAUGUUCAGGCACAAAAAUCUGCUUGGUUUAGACUGCGGUUUGGGCUGUGCCAUCUAACAAAAGCAAACAUGGCAAACUAAAUCUUCAAAGAUGGGAAAAAAUGUGAUGCCUAAUGCAGACCUAAUGCCUAAACCUAAAAGGUCACCUGCGUGAUUUGGAGACACCAGUGGCUUUGCCAAAACGGCAGUAUUAGACACAUUGGGAACGAGAACAAGCUGCAACCACUAGACUACAGAGUUGCAGAGUUGGGUGCCAAUAGUGCAUAUUGUCAUAUUGUUGUUGUUAUUCAGGUUAAAAAUUGUAUUGUAAAUCAUUUUUUGUGUUCCGCUGAGUCUCUGUCCAUCUUGUCUCUCUGUCAGUGUCACUGCCUGGAUUUUUUUUUUUCUUCAAUGUCAAAUUUUACUUAAUUAAUGGGAACUUUUGUCUUUCUGUAGACGAGCCACUGUUGUGGUCAUCCUAAUCACUUCUACUGAGCCUUGAAAGAACAUUAAAGCAUUUUAUGAUUCACUUGA